AUGCCGCACUACAAGUUGGUGUAUUUCAAUAUUCGAGCCCUUGGUGAAGGAAUUCGACUUCUGUUUGCUUACAGCGGAACUCAAUUUGAAGAUGUGCGUAUUAGUCGAGAAGAGUGGCCAAACCUUAAACCAACAAUGCCAUUUAAACAGAUUCCAAUUCUUGAUGUGGACGGCAUAAUAAUACCACAAUCAGCUGCGAUUUGUAGGUAUCUUGGAAAGCAGUUUGGUUUGGUACCCGAAUGUCCCAUAGAAGCUGCCUUAGUUGAUGCAGUAUUCGAUGCUCACAAAGACUUCUACACUGCAAGUGCACCUUACUUAAAAAUUGUCUAUGGUUACAUCGAGGGAGAUAAGGAUAAGCAGCUGAAAGAAUGUGCAAUACCGGCUCGUGAUAAAUAUUUUCCGGGUCUUGUUCAAUUUCUAAAAAAUGCUGAUAGCGGUUAUCUUGUUGGUAAAAAAAUAACCUGGGCAGAUAUAUAUAUUGCUGACCAUCUUACAACAAUUGAAGAAUGUUUCCCAAAUAUGUUUGACGGUUAUCCAAAAGUGAAAGAAUUCUGUGAAAGAAUUCUCGAGAUUCCACAACUAAAAAAAUGGAUACAAGAACGUCCAAAAGUUCCAUAUUAA